AUUUCUCUGACUACACAACGCAAAUUGGACACCCCAGAGAGUACGCAAAACACAACUCAAAUUGGACACCCCUCUUUAAAGGGACGGCACGCGACCACUCCGCAUGGAUUGUAGCCCGCCGGUUUCACUAGUGGAAACCCCAUUGGCUGAAAUAAUGCGCGCGCAGCAUGUAAUCAUAACAUCGGGUGGUGUCGCAGUUGCGACGGAAGAGGACAUCCAGCUUGUUAAGACCUAUUAAGUUCGAUUAAAAAACCCACAAGACUUCAUGGACUAGACAAUUUGUUGCAGGUGGUGGUAUAGUAUAACCGAGCCCCAUCCGAGAAACGUUUCGCGACGAGCUGGAGCUGUUUCGAAUCGCAUCGAUCGGGUGGAAUAUGUGUCAAAUGUCACCGCGAUAGAAUAUGAUAUAAAUCCGGUACUAAUUUGAAUAUUUUCAUGAUGCCGCGUUGGAAAUUUUUUCUUUUAAAUUUAUCCUUUUUAUUUGGUUUUCUCGAUGCUCUAGAAGAGGACUGCACUGACUUUGAGGGCCGUACAGUUAGUCAUGGUCUCUAUUACGUGCCAGGUCCCAGCGCUUGUUCAUUGUGUGUCUGUUACCAUAGCGAACCAAUGUGGUGCAGGGCUAUCUACUGUGAUCCACCUUAUUUCUGUCAGCGGUUUCGGGCUGGAAAACGCUGUUGUGAAUUUGAGUGCCUGGAUGAUGAACCAUGGAUAGAACCAAAGCGUGGUGGUUCAUAUUAUGCAAUUGCAAGCCCCUUGCUCACUUUAGGAGAUGGUUGAUAGUAUUUUAUUAGUACUACAUUUGAAGUAAAAUAGCAAGAUCAUUUUUGCUAUGGGAGUGUGCCUGCUGAAUUAAUGAGACUACUAACCAAGAACACUUACAUGUCCAUGAUUAGUGGUUGUUGAUGAAGUUCUUAUGAUGUAUCUCACAUAUUAUAUAUGCAAUUUCAAGUUUGUCAUCUCUCUAUUUAGCUUCACAUAUCGAAAACUGCUUAGUGUUUUGUAAAAGCUCUCAACUUCUUUGAGCAUUAUUUUAAGCUCAAAUGUUAAAAACAAUUAUAAAAACUUAGUUCUUAAUAUGCAAAAGAAUAUGUGCCUUUUCAUCAGACAAGUUGUCUGGAUCCUGUUUUCUUUACUUACAUACUCAGCUUUCUGAGAAGAAAUUCGUAUUGUAUAAUGGCUUAUGUGAACCAGUAUAUUUAUUAAAUAUUCAUAAAUCUUCAAUUUACUGCAAUAGAUGUUUCAAAUAAUGUCCUAUAAUACAUUUACUGUGGUAUAAAAUAUUCAAUGUUAAUACUCGCACAUUUUACGAAAUUUGUAUGCAUGUAUUUUAUUGCAAAUGUUCAUAUCUUGCAUAUCUCGCAUUGAAGAAUUAUGCAUUUAGUAGUAUAGCUUAGCGUUUUUAACAGAUAUAUGUAUCUAUGUAUUUUGUAUCAGUAUUUUCAAAUUAUUUUUCAUUAAGAAGUUUUAAAUUUUCAUAAAUGUAAUAAAAUAAACAUACAUUUCAUAACCUUUGUCUUGUUGGUACUACCUGCUCAAAAUAGUACUCACAAAUAAAUUUUUGAUGUUAUUUGCAAUGCCACUAAAUGACUUAAUAUCUGUUGCUUUGUUUAAAUUAAAAUUCUGUUGAAAA